AUGGCUCCAGAUCCCGAUGAGAACUUCGAUCGUCAGUACUCUCUCGAAGAGCUUGUUGACUGCAGCGAGCUCAUUGUCCCUGAAAAGCCAGCAGCAAUCGGCGUCGGCGCGGAGGGAGACCCUCGACUCAUGAUCAAAGAGAUCGUCAACGAGAAUUUUAAAUCGUACGCUGGAACAAAAGUUAUUGGUCCUUUUCACAAAGCCUUCACGUCAAUCAUCGGACCUAAUGGCUCAGGAAAGUCAAACGUCAUCGACUCGAUGUUGUUUGUCUUUGGGUACCGAGCGCAGAAGAUCAGAUCGAAGAAAGUCUCAGUUCUGAUCCACAACUCGACCAAGUUCCCAAAUAUUCGCCAAGCAACUGUGUCUGUCAAAUUCCACAUGAUCGUCGACCGCGAAGGAGACGAAUACGAUGUCGUCCCAAACUCUGAAUUCACAGUCAGCAGGACUGCAUUCAAAGAUAACUCGUCCUGCUAUCACAUCGACGGGAGAAAGACGAACUUCAAAGAAGUCGGUAAAUUCUUGAGAACAAAGGGGAUUGACUUGGAUCACAACCGAUUCUUGAUUUUACAAGGCGAAGUUGAGCAAAUUUCACAAAUGAAACCAAAAGCUGACAACAAAAACGAAGAGGGCAUGCUUGAGUAUUUGGAAGACAUCAUCGGUUCUUCACGUCUAAAGCCACUCAUCGACAAGCUCGGUUACCAAGUAGAACAGCUCAACGACCACCGAGGUCAGCGAGAAGGCCGUUUGAAAAUCGCCGAGACGGAGAUGAACAAGCUCAAGCCCGAUUAUGAAGCUGGCGUCGCCUGGAUCACCAAAAAGAAUGAAAUGAUUCUUGACAUCAACAAGAUCCAUCAAGCGACAAUUUACCAGUGCAACCAAAAAACUGUGCGAGAUCGAGAAGAAUUACAGACUCUUGAGCAGCAACUUGCCCUCAUCGAAGAUGACAUCAAGGCGUACAAGGUCGAGAAUAAAGGGCAUUAUGUCGAGCAGAAAAAGAUCAAAAAGAAGCUCGUCAAAAUUCGAGAAACGAUGGAAAAGCUGAAGGAUGGAAUCGCAAAAUCCGAAGCAGACGCAAAGGGACUUAAAGAAGAGCAGAAAAAUAUAAAGAAGCGACAAGCUGCGCUAGAAAAAGAGCUCGAUAAAGAAGAGAAGAACGUGAAAAAUUCCAAGAGAUGCCGGCUAAGUAUUGACGAGCAGAAUCAAAAGAAAGACUACGAUAAGGCGAUCGAGGAAGUUGAAGCUAAAACGAAGGAUCUGCGAAAGCAAAAGGCUCCUUUGGAAAAGAAGCUUCUGGAAAUUCAAAACUCCGUCAACGAAAAGAAGCAAAUCCUCGACCAGGAAAAAGCCGUACUCGACGAGUACACUGCAAAAUAUGAUCGUGAGAAGAAUAAACUGCAUGAAAUGCAUGAAUCGAUCAAGGCCGCCGAAAAGACUGUCGCUGACAACACGGAGAAGAAAGAGCAACUUGAGAGCAGCAUCCCAGAAAUGGAACAAGCCGUGCGCGAGCGACAAGUAGAAGUAGAGCAGAUGAAGAAUCAGCGGCCAAAUAUUCAAUCCGAGAUUGAAAAACUCAGCUCGAAGCUGGCUGACGCUCAGGCAGAAGAAGGCGGUGGACGAAGCCGAGGAAAGGUGCAGGAGUACGUCAUGAACUUGAAGAAAACCGGAAAAGUUCCUGGUGUUGUCGGCCGACUCGGGGACCUUGGUGGUAUCGACCAGCGAUAUGAUGUUGCGCUCUCCUCUUCUUGCAAUAUGGAAUACAUCGUUGUCGAGCGAGCUGCAGAUGCUACGAAAAUCUUGGAAUACAUAAAGAGAGACAGAGUCGGGGCGGUAAGCUUCUUCGCCCUCGACAAGGUUAAACCUUUCGUCCCAGCAAGCCAGUUCAACCUUCCCGGCCCACGACUCGUCGAUCAAAUCCGCUGCGAUAGAGAAGAUUUGAUGGCUUGCUUCUUCCAAGCGUGUGGUAAUACUCUCGUGGCAAGAGAUUCAAAAGAAGCCGAGAAAUUUGCGUUCCACUGUGGACCUCGCCAGCGAGCCGUUUCCCUCGACGGUGUUCUUGUUGAGCCACACGGUGCGAUGACUGGUGGCGGUAGCAGAAAGCAAUCCGGAGCGAUGGGAGAGAAGCCACAGAUUAAUGUUCGCAAGGAGACGAUUUCAGAAGAGGAGAUUCAAGGAAUGAACACAGCUUUGAAUGAUCUCCGACAAGAACUUCGAGAUCUUGAUUCAAAGAUUCGCGAUGCAAACGGCUUCAUCGCUCGCACGACGAAAGAAAUCGCCAAGAAUAAGUCAGAGCUCCAGCAGCUCAGUGCGGCGUACGAUACAGCUUUGAAAAAGAUCGAGAUGGUGACAAAAAGCAUCAAGGAUCAGCAAAAGCGAGUAAAGGAUGCAACACCAGAGUCUGGCCGUCUUCAUGAGUUGCAAGAUGCCGUGAAGGAUGCUGAGUGCGAGUGGGGUGCCACAAAGGCUUCCGCGGAAUCUGUCCAAGAAGAAGUAGAAGAAAUCAACAAACAAAUUACGGCGAUGGGCAAAGGAAAAGUCGAGGGCAUCAAGAAGAUGAUGCAAAAGACAAAAGAUGCCAUCAAAGACGGAAAAAAGAAGCUCUUGAAGCUCGCUAACGAUCUCAAAACAGCUAGUCGAAAACAGAAAACGGCUGAGGAUAAUCUUCAAACACUCAAAGAAGAAAAGGAAGAGAAAGCUAACAGGCUGGAAGAGAUCGCGAAAGAAGUCGACGAGCUUGCUGCUGGAUACGCAGAAAUGAAAGACGAUCUUGUUGGAAUUGAAGAAGAUCAUCUUGGAGCCGCGCUUGAAACUGAGAAAGAGAUCGAUGCCAAAGUUGCUGACUCCGAAAAGGCGAUUGAGACGAAGAUCACUGACUUGAAAAAGAUCCAAGCGCAACGGAAUGAUAUCCAGUCAAAGCUGGUUCAUUACGAGACGAAAAUAAAGGAGUCCACUGAGAACUUGAAGCAUUUAAAGCUCACUUCGACUGGCGAAAAGGAUGAGGACCUUACGAUUCCAACAAUUCCCGACGAAGAACUCGCCGAAAUCGACACAAAUGCCGUUUCCGAGCAAGCUUCGAAAACUAAAAAGGCUCUUGACGAAUCGCGGCCGAAUCUCAGCGCUAUGAAAGAGUACCGCGAUAAGAAUGAGGUCUACACGGCUAGACGAGACGAGUUCAAUGAAAUCAACGAUGUGAGGAAUAAAAAGCGAGAGAUGCGAAACGAUCUCAUGAAAAUGCGACGAGAUGAGUUUACAAAGGGCUUUGAGAUCAUUACGGCAAAGGUCAAGCAAAUGUACCAGAUGAUCACCAUGGGAGGUGAUGCUGAACUUGAGCUUGUUAACACCCUUGCUCCAUUCGAAGAAGGCGUCGUUUUCACCGUCCGUCCUCCUAAAAAGAGUUGGAAGACGAUCAUGAACCUUUCCGGUGGAGAAAAAACCCUCUCGUCCCUAUCGUUGGUAUUCGCUCUCCAUCAUUACAAACCAACGCCUCUCUACGUCAUGGACGAGAUCGAUGCCGCGCUUGAUAUUAAAAACGUCUCAAUUGUGGCGAAUUACAUCAAGGACCGAACUAAAAACGCGCAGUUCGUCAUCAUCUCGCUGCGAAAUCAAAUGUUUGGUCUUUGCAGCCGCUUGAUCGGCAUCUACAAGACCCAUGACUGUACCAAACUGGUCCUCAUGGAAAACGACCCGGAGGAGGUCGCCAAACGAGCAGAAGAGCACGGCGAGAAGGAACGCACCCCUUUUACCAACGUCGCCAAUGUCACUGCUGAAUCAUAA